CAGAUUUGUGGCUUUCACUUCCACUUGUACCAGGUGGGCGGAGUGGCCUCUUGUAGACGAAUCAGAUUCCUCCUCAGCCCCAACUUCAAGAGGUGAGCACGGGGCUCAGCAUCCCAGAUACACAGGCAGCGGCAGCAGCAGCAGGAGUGGGAAAGACCAGAGGUCAGAAGCAUGGAAGACCAGCGUGACCUCAUCUCCAACCAUGAGCAGCUGCCCAUGCUGGGCCAGCGCCCCGGAGCCCAGGAGAGCAAGUGCAGUCGUGGAGCCCUGUACACGGGCUUUUCCGUCUUGGUGGCUCUGCUCCUGGCUGGCCAGGCCACCACUGCCUACUUCCUGUAUCAGCAACAGGGCCGGCUGGACAAGCUGACGGUCACCUCCCAGAACCUGCAGCUGGAGAACCUACGCAUGAAGCUUCCUAAGCCUGCCAAGCCUUUAAGCCAGAUGCGGAUGGCCACUCCCAUGCUGAUGCGGGCGCUGCCCAUGGCAGGCCCGGAGCCCAUGAAGAACGCCACCAAGUACGGCAACAUGACACAGGACCACGUGAUGCACCUGCUCCUGAAGGCAGACCCCCUGAAGGUGUACCCGCAGCUGAAGGGCAGCCUGCCAGAAAACCUGAAACACCUUAAGGACUCCAUGGACGGCUUGGACUGGAAGCUCUUUGAGAGCUGGCUGCAUCAGUGGCUCUUGUUUGAAAUGAGCAAGAACUCGCUGGAGGAGAAGCCCUUUGAGGUUCCACCCAAAGUACUGACCCAGUGCCAGGAAGAGGUCAGCCGCAUCCCUGCCAUCCACCCGGGCGUGUUCAAGCCCAACUGCGACGAGAACGGCAACUAUAUGCCGCUCCAGUGCUAUGGGAGCAUCGGCUACUGCUGGUGCGUCUUCCCCAACGGCACCGAGGUCCCCCACACCAGGAGCCGUGGGCACCGUAACUGCAGUGACCCAAUGGAGAUGGAGUAUCCGUCAUCUGGGCUGGGGGUGUAAGCAGGAUUUCAGUCAGUCGCCCCGUGAGCUCAGCAGACGCAGACGCCAGCACCCAGACAGCCCUGCAAGGCCACAGCUUCCCUCCCUGCCCCAGCCCCUCUCCUUCCCUUACACACCCCUCCCCUUGCUGUCUCCCACCCUGCACCUCAUUCUAUGAGACUCUGCCUCUCCAUCAGCCUUGGACACAACGAUCAUAUCAGAAUGGCAUAGAUUAGUGGUACACUUGCUGCCCAAACUCCCAUCCACUAGCAGGAACGCAAGGCCCAGGGACAUGGACCAUGAGAGAGGCUGACCCCCACUGCUGCCACCACAGCAGGCUGACACGGAACUCCAAGAUCAUGGAAGUGGUGGGCAGGUGCAGGGAGAAGGGACGGCACUGUCCUAAGUACCAGGACGGACACCUCUGCUGUCCCCUCCCCUCCAGGCCUCAGUUUUCCAGCCCUUUAACUGGGGGCAUGAGCCACCCCUUCCCUCUUCCCGGCAUCAUACACCCAGGAAGAACCAGCCCCCGCAAACUGCAGCCCCUCCCCUCACUUUCUGCCACCCCCUAGUUCCCUCUGCACAGCCAAGCUUGUCAUCAGCCCUCCAGCCACGGCUCCUGUGAGAAUAAAAGGUAGUGAGUAGAACA